AUGGAAGUGCAUAGCCUAUUCCAGUUAACUGCAUCCGCGGCAGCUUGCCUUAUCAGCGGAGGUGGUGGUCACGCAGUUUGGUUAAGUUCGAUCGCGCGCCGGGUUACAUGGCGCCCUGCCUCCUUGAAUCAGACGGCUGUCUUGUGCCAGGCUGGUGUAGGACUUCUCGUCUUUGCUGGAUCAGUCGCGUCGCUUGUCCUCGCUGUCUAUGAGCCAGUCUUCAACAAGGAUGAGCAGCAGAGUCUCGACUUGUACCUGAGUCUCAGCACACUACAUUCUCGAUCGAGCGGUAUUUUUUCGCUAAGCGUCAUUCUUCUGAAGGUCCUCGUGCUGCUACUAUUCUUCGUCAACGGUAUUUCUCCAGGAAGCCGCCGUAUCCUCUAUUCCUUGAGUAUGGUUUUCACCUCCGGCGAGCUUGUUUUCCUCUGCGCUUGGUAUAUCCGACUUUGGGUGUCUUGCGCGCGCUCUGCAAACGAACCCUUGCAGUUUCCAACUUACUCGUACUCGACGUGUUCUAAGGCUGGCAUCUGUAACAUCAGCGAUAUUGUCGGUACUCUCAACAGCCCUCACUAUUGCAGCCUUCAAGUUGCAACGUUAGGGGUAAUAAGGAUGGUUAUCUCGCUCCAUAAGCUGAACAGUGGCGCUUCCAAGGAAGCACUGCUUCAUUGA